GUUUUUGGUUUAUUCCCAUAGACUGCCAUGUUGGAUUGAGUCACAAAUCUGCCGCUACUUGCGCUGGAGUUCUGAUUAAAGUUUAGUAUCUACCAUAUGCAAGACGUUGCAGGAAUGUUCUCAUAAUUUGGAGUGAAGGAGGACCUUACGUUGUGUUUGGGACUAACGAAGACAAUAUCACACUAAAGCUGUUUCUAUCGGGAAGUGAACAAACGUGCAUCGAUGUGAGGGUCCGGUUCCAGGCCACGGGAGAUCAAUGACUGUUUGUUUGGGUUUCUUACAACGUCGAAUCGGAAUCGUAACACACUUUUUGGUUGAUUGUCAAUAAUGAGUGGCCAUCUGCCGCAACGGCGGCCCGCUAACUGUGCAUCCAAACUGCUAACCCCACAAGAGAACGACUGUCUCUUCAAUUACCUCGGCAGAAAAUGCACCUCGCUGUGUUCAGCGGUGGUGCAGGUAUACUCAGCAGACAGGAACUCAGCCUGGACCAAGAAGUGCUGUGGUGUGGCCUGUCUGGUCAAAGACAACCCAGCACGAUCCUACUUCAUCAGGGUUUUCGACAUGAAGGAGGGUAGAAGCAUGUUAGAGCAGGAGCUCUACAACAACUUCUCGAUCACUUUUCCCAAAUCUUACUUCUUCACAUUCGCAGGAGACUCGUGCCAGAUGGGACUGAACUUCGCCAACGAGGAGGAGGCCAAGCUUUUCCGGGGAGCCGUCGAGGACCUGCUUGGGAGACGACAGAGAAAAUCUGGCCCUGCCCUGCCCAUGGCCACGGUGGACAUCAAGAAUCCAGAGAUCAGCAGUACGCCACGGUUCCACGGCCACAACUCUCAGCUCAACAUGGUGAGCAGCAGCGUCAACAACAACAACAAGAAGGAGAAGAAGGUGAAGGGAAAGAAGGGCAAGAAGCUGACCAAGGCGGACAUCGGAACACCCAGCAACUUCCAGCACGUUGGCCAUGUCGGCUGGGACCCCAACACAGGCUUCGAUGUGAACAACCUAGACCCGGAGCUAAAGAACCUGUUUGACAUGUGUGGCAUCUCUGAGGCCCAGCUGAAGGACAAGGAGACUUCCAAGGUCAUCUAUGACUUCAUCGAGAAGAAGGGAGGAGUGGAGGCAAUCAAGAUAGAGCUCCGCAGACAAGCCCCUCCACCCCCUCCUUCCAGAGGCGGACCCCCACCCCCUCCCCCACACCAGACCUCCAGCCCCCCACCCCCGCCCCCACCGGUCAGAGGCAGGGGCGCACCUCCCCCUCCACCCCCCUCCAGAGCGCCCACCUCAGCACCACCACCUCCCCCACCCUCCAGAACAGGCAUGGGAGCUCCACCCCCACCCCCAACUAGAGGCCUUCUGCCCCCUCCUCCCCUGGCUCCCCAUGCCCCACCUCCUCCCCCACCUCCCUCCUUCACCUCAGCAGGUAUUGGUUCCGGAGCACCUCCUCCUCCUCCCCCGCCACCUCCCGGCCCUCCUCCCCCACCCAUGCUUCCGGAAGCUGAUGGUAGGGGUGCUGGUAAGCCCUCAGCCCUGUUGAGCCAGAUCAGGGAGGGGGCUCCGCUGAAGAAGGUGGAGCCCGUUUCCACCAACACCAGCCGAGGCGGUCUCCUCGAACAGAUACGACAGGGCAAACAGCUAAAGGCUGUGACUGACGAACCAGGGUCAGGAGGACCCGCCACCCCUUCAGCCGGCAUCGUAGGCGCUCUGAUGGAGGUGAUGCAGAAGAGGAGCAAAGCCAUACACUCAUCAGAUGAUGAUGACGAUGAUGACGAGGAAGAAGACUUUGAGGAUGAUGAUGAGUGGGACGACUAGUGACCCUCCCCCUCGCGGAUGAUUAUGACAACACUACAUUGUUCCUAAAUUGUUUUUCUAAAUCUUAUUCAAAUUAUAAUGUAAAUGUUUUAUCAAUUUGCUGUAUAUUUUUGUUGCCUUUUUUUUAUUUUCUAGAUUAUUCUGUGCAAUACCUCAUUUAAUAUGUAAAGGUUUGUCAUGUUAUCUUUCUGUAAAGUUUUCUUCUCUCUCUUCUCUCCUGGAUUUAAACUUUUUACAUCAAGUUUCUCUUGAUCUAAGAAGUCAGUCAGUGACUGGAGAGAACAAAUGAACAAACUGUCAGAGCCCUUAAUAAUUUUAGUUGUUAAAAAUCGAGAACACUAUUUUCAUACCCUUCUCUUACUUUAUUUUUACUUAUUCAAAAAUCCUAGUUUAGCACUCUUAUUUUCUUAUGAAAUCAGCUCUGUUGGAAUAUUUUGCCCCAUUUUCUGUCAAAUUGUAAAUCUACUCAGUUUUGUAUUUUUGCACGAAUUGAAAGAGGCUCAGUACGUGAAUACAGAGCAGUAUCAUGGCUGUAUCUGCAACGUUAUGCUUGAAAGGCUAUCACUUAAAUAAUCCAACACUGUCAACCUGUACACUAGAGUAGUACACACACACAGCUGUCUUCUCUGUUUUUUGGUUUUUCAUCAUAGUUACAAUACAUUAUUGAUUACAAAUGUUUUUUUUUUAUUUUAAUUUAUAGUAGCAAUCCGUCUCCUACAGUUUAUUUGUUUGAAUCGGGUCAGUGCAGAUGCAACGCUUGAGGAUGAAUUAGUCUGUCAAUUUAAUGACAUCUGAUUUUGCAGCCGAGUGUCCCAUGAUGAUCUGUUUCUCUAACAAACUGUCCCUCAGAACCAGUGAACUACACUAACACAUCUACUAUUGACACUAACCUGACUCUACACAGGGGGAUACUGCUUUCUCAUUGGAAGGGAACCAAUGCUGUUCUUUACAGUAUCGCUCUGUCUGUUUUCACGAUGAGUGAAACUGCGUUCAGGAACCAAGAUAUAUGGACAUCAAACCUUCAGAAAUUAGGUUGGAAGAAUAAUGGACUAUUAAAUUGUACACUCAAAUAAAUGUUAAUAAUUUACA